UUAGGGUGUUCUCCAGUGCCACCUUCAUUUGUGUACUUUCAAACAAAUACACUUGUAAAACAAACUUUGAUUAAUCCAACAUAAUGAAUUUAAUAGUUAAGCUUGAGAGCUGGACUUCAAAUCUGCCUUAAAGAUAGAGAACUACUCAGGAAACCGUUAAGACUUAGAGAGAUUCAAGUGGUUUGGUGUAAGAUAUUAUAUCUUUGUGCAAAUAAUAUCCAUCCAGAACUGAAAGGGUGUGUUUAUAUGUCACAGGACAUUUACAUCUUGCUGUGUCCAAUUGUAUGGCCGAAUCCUGAAUUCCAUAGAUGAGCAAGAAUAUAGAAGGAUUUCUGUCCAAGUACUGAGAAGUUCAUAAAAGAAUGCUUGGGAGAUGGGAAGUAAUGAUAGUUGGCACCUGAACUAAAAUAUCUGUGUAGGCACUACCAUCCCAGAACUUCAGGAUGAAUGGGGAUAUGCCUCAUGUUCCCAUCACUACUCUUGCAGGGAUUGCUAGUCUUACAGACCUUUUGAACCAGCUGCCUCUCCCAUCACCUUUACCUGCUACAACAACAAAAAGCCUGCUCUUCAAUGGACGAAUAGCUGAAGAGGUGAACUGCCUUCUGGCUUGCAGGGAUGAAAAUCUGGUUUCGCAGCUCAUCCACAGUCUUAAUCAGGUGUCAACAGAUCACAUAGAAUUGAAAGAUAACCUUGGCAGCGAUGAUCCAGAGGGAGAUACACCAGUUUUGCUGCAAGCUAUCCUGGCAAGGAAUCCUAACGUUUUCAGGGAGAAAAGCAUGCAAAACAGAUAUGGGGUACAAAGCGGGAUGAUGAUUCCGCAGUUUAAUAUUUCUCAGAAUUCUAUGCGUGGUAGUCCUGCAUCUUCCAAUUAUCAACAAACCACUAUUUCACAUAGCCCUUCCAGCCGGUUUGUGCCACCACAGACAAGCUCUGGUAACAGAUUUUUGGCACAACAGAACAGUCCAGUGCCUAGUCCAUAUGCUCCUCAAAGCCCUGCAGGAUACAUGCCAUAUUCACAUCCUCCAAGUUACACACCACAUCCUCAGUUGCAGCAAGCUUGUCCCAUUGUCACAGCCGGGAUGAGGAAUCUUCAUGAAAAUAAAGUUUCAAGUCAGUUGUCUGGAAAUUCAGCGAAUCAUCAUGCUGAUAAUUCUAGACAUGGAUCAAAUGAAGACUACCUACAGAUGGUGCACAGAUUAAGUAGCGAUGAUGGCGAUCCUUCAAUAAGAAAUGCUGCAUCUUUUUCCUUGAGGUCACCACAGUCAGUCUGCUCUCCAGCUGGAAGUGAUGGAACCCCUAAAGGAUCAAGACCACCUUUAAUCCUACAAUCUCAGCCUCCACCUUAUUCAUCACCUAGAGAUGUUCCCCCAGACAUAUUGUUAGAUUCUCCAGAAAGAAAGCAAAAGAAACAAAAGAAAAUGAAGUUAGGCAAGGAUGAAAAAGACCAGACUGAAAAAGCUGCAAUGUAUGAUAUCAUUAGUUCUCCUUCCAAGGACUCCACUAAGCUUACAUUAAGACUCUCUCGUGUAAGAUCUUCGGAUUUGGACCAGCAGGAUGAUAUGCUUUCUGGUUUGGAAAACAGCAGUGUGUCAGAGGGUGAUAUUCCUUUUAAUGUGCAGUACCCAGGACAGACUUCUAAAACACCCGUUACUCCACAGGAUGUUAACCGCCCACUAAACGCUGCUCAGUGUUUGCCGCAGCAUGAACAGACAGCUUUCCUUCAGGCACAACAAGUGCCUGUUUUACAACAGAACACUUCAGUUGCUGCAAAACAACCUCAAACUCCUGUGGUACAGACACAGCAACAGGUUUCGCAACAAGGAACUAUAACGUCAUAUGAUGAAGUAGAAUUGGAUGCAUUGGCUGAAAUUGAGCGGAUAGAACGUGAAUCAGCUAUUGAAAGGGAGCGAUUUUCAAAAGAAGUGCAAGAUAAAGAUAAGCCUCUAAAGAAGCGAAAACAAGAAAACAAACCGCAGGAGGCGGGGGGUGCUGCUGGAGGAAAUAGACCAGCUUCUCAGGAGACAGGUUCUGCAGGAAAUGGGGCAAGGCCAGCAUUGAUGGUUAGUAUUGAUCUUCAGCAAGCAGGAAGAGCGGACUCUCAGGCAACAGUAACUCAGGAUUUUGAGGCUAUCAAAAAACCUGAAGAGAUUAAGCAGUAUAAUGAUGGGUUUGUGUGUAUUCCCCAAGAAGAAACUGUUGGAGUUCUUAAACUUAAACCUGAAAACCAUCCUGAGAUUUUUAGGAAAAAGUCAGACUUUGAGGUUCAAAAGACAGAUAUCCAGCAAAAUGAAAACAGACAAAUGGAAUUUCAGCAAAAUGAGAGCAGAAGGUUGGAAAGUAAAUACAAUGACAAUAAACAGGUAGAAGCUAAAUAUGACAUCAAGCAUGACAGCAGACAAAUGGAGAUAAAACAAAAUGAAAACAGACAGGCAGAGUCAAAACAAAAUGAGAGCAGACAAAUGGAGAUGAAACAAAAUGAGGGAAAACAAAAUAAUGGCAAACAAGAAAUAAGGCAGAGGCCUGAAACGCCAAAGCAGAAGAGCGAAGGUAGGCCUGAAACGCCCAAACAGAAGAGUGAAGGCAGGCCUGAAACACCAAAACAUAGACAUGAUAACAGGAGGGACUCCAGUAAACCAUUGUCAGAAAAGAAAAUUGAAUUAUCUAGGCAUAAACCUGAUGUGAAAUCUGAUACUUCAAAGAUAAAGUCUGAUAGUAGAUCAGAUCCAGUGAAGCAAAGGCCUGAUGGGCGUUCGGUUUCUGAUACUCAGAGGCGUGACCACGAUAGCCUUAAACAAAGAUCUGAGGACAGGGAGUCAGAAAGAUACAGAGGAGAUCCAUCCAAGAUUAGAAGGACUGAAUACUUGAGAUCCUCAAACAGAAAUGAACAUGAUUCUAAGUAUGGUAUUAAAUCUGAUGGUUCAAAACCUGAAAAAUUUGAAAGGAAACAUAGACACGACUCUGGCGAAUCAAGGGAAAGAUUUUCAUCUGGGGAUCAGAAGUCAGAUCAGAAGUCAAGACCUGACAGCCCUCGUGUUAAACAGGAUGGAAAAGGAGAUUCUAGUAAAUCAAGACCUGAUAAACCUGGUUUUAGAUCAACCAACAGCAAGGAUGAACGAAGGACAGACAGUAAUAAGAGUAAAGUAGAGAGCAAUAAAGCACAUCCUGACAAUAAAGCAGAGUUUCCCAGUUAUUUGCUGGGUGCAAGAUCUGGUGCACUGAAACAUUUUGUCAUUCCAAAAAUCAAGCGUGACAAAGAUGGCAAUGUCACUCAGGAGUCGAGGAAAACUGAAUUUAAAGGUGAACAGAAGGACAAAGUAGAGAAGAUUGGGCUAGUUGAAGAUCUGAAUAAAGGAGCUAAGCCUGUAGUUGUCCUUCAGAAGCUUUCUUUGGAUGAUGUACAGAAAUUUAUUAAGGAUAGAGAAGAUAAAUCAAGGGGCUCUUGUUUUAAACCUAACAAGAACAAGUCAUCCAAAUCUAAUAAAGGUAGCAUAGAUCAGUCAGUGUUAAAAGAGUUGCCUCCUGAGCUCCUGGCAGAAAUUGAAUCCACCAUGCCUCUUUGUGAACGUGUGAAAAUGAACAAGCGCAAACGUAGCACAGUUAAUGAGAAACCAAAAUAUGCUGAAAUCAGUUCUGAUGAAGACAAUGACAGUGAAGAAGCUUUUGAAUCUUCUCGAAAAAGACAUAAAAAGGAUAGAGAUGAAGCUUGGGAGUAUGAAGAGCAUGACAGAAGAAGUUCUGGUGACCACAGAAGAAGUGGUCAUUAUCAUGAAGGAAGAAGAACUUCUGGUAGUGGCCGUUACCGUAAUCGCAGUCCUGAUGACUCUGAUAUGGAUGAUUAUUCUCCUCCUCCUAGCCUCAGUGAGGUGGCAAGAAAAAUGAAGAAAAAAGAAAAACAAAAGAAGAGGAGAGCUUACGAACCUAAACUAACACCUGAAGAAAUGAUGGAUUCUUCAACUUUCAAAAGAUUUAUUGCUUCAAUAGAGAAUAUUUUGGAAAAUCUGGAAGACAUGGAUUUUACAACCUUGGGCGAUGAUGAUGAGAUUCCACAGGAAUUGCUGCUGGGAAAACAUCAGCUUAAUGAGUUGGGUAGUGAAUCUGCAAAAAUCAAGGCAAUGGGUAUUAUGGACAAGCUCUCAACAGAUAAAAUAGUAAAGGUCCUGAAUAUUUUGGAGAAGAAUAUUCAAGAUGGAUCAAAGCUUUCGACAUUACUUAACCACAACAAUGACACUGAAGAUGAGGAGAGAUUAUGGAGAGAUCUUAUAAUGGAGAGAGUAACAAAAUCUGCAGAUGCUUGUCUUACUGCUAUCAAUAUUAUGACAUCACCAAAUAUGCCUAAAGCUGUUUAUAUUGAGGACGUAAUAGAAAGAGUUAUUCAAUACACAAAAUUUCAUUUGCAGAACACUCUCUAUCCUCAGUAUGACCCUGUGUAUAGAGUGGAUCCUCUUGGUGGUGGUCUUUUAAGUUCAAAAGCAAAACGUGCCAAGUGUUCCACCCACAAGCAAAGAGUUAUAGUGAUGUUGUAUAACAAAGUUUGUGAUAUUGUCAGCAGUUUGUCAGAGUUGCUAGAGAUACAACUUCUUACUGAUACAACCAUUCUUCAGGUAUCAUCUAUGGGAAUAACACCUUUCUUUGUAGAAAAUGUCAGUGAACUGCAGUUAUGUGCCAUCAAAUUAGUGACCGCAGUAUUCUCAAGGUAUGAAAAACAUAGACAGCUAAUACUAGAAGAAAUUUUCACUUCCCUUGCAAGACUACCAACUAGCAAGAGGAGUUUGAGAAACUUCAGGUUGAAUAGCAGUGACACAGAUGGAGAGCCUAUGUAUAUUCAGAUGGUAACAGCACUAGUUCUGCAGCUUAUUCAAUGUGUUGUGCACUUACCAUCAGCAGAAAAAGAUUCUAAUUCGGACGAGGAAUUGAACAAAAAAGUGGAUCAAGAUGUGCUUAUUACUAACUCCUAUGAAACAGCCAUGAGAACAGCACAAAAUUUCCUUUCUAUUUUUCUUAAGAAAUGUGGCAGUAAACAAGGAGAAGAAGAUUACAGGCCUCUGUUUGAGAACUUCAUUCAAGAUCUUCUUUCCACAGUCAAUAAACCAGAAUGGCCAGCUGCAGAGUUGCUGCUUAGCUUACUAGGAAGGUUACUGGUUCACCAGUUCAGUAAUAAAUCAACAGAAAUGGCUUUAAGAGUUGCAUCACUUGACUAUCUUGGAACUGUAGCUGCAAGACUGAGGAAAGACGCAGUCACUAGCAAAAUGGAUCAAGGAUCUAUAGCUAGAAUCCUCAAACAGGCUUCAGGAGGAGACGAUGAAAUUCAGCAGCUACAGAAGGCUUUAUUGGAUUAUCUGGAUGAGAACACUGAAACCGAUGCAUCAUUGGUGUUUUCUCGGAAGUUUUAUAUAGCUCAGUGGUUUCGGGAUACAACUAUGGAGACAGAGAAGGCAAUUAAAUCUCAGAAGGAUGAGGAUUCAUCUGAAGGAACUCAUCACGCAAAGGAUGUUGAGACCACAGGACAAAUCAUGCACAGAGCAGAAAGUCGCAAAAAGUUUCUUCGCAGCAUCAUUAAAACUGCUCCAUCUCAGUUCAGUACAUUAAAGAUAUAUUCUGAUACUGUGGACUAUGAAGAUGCAUGUUUGAUUGUUCGCUACUUGGCCUCUAUGAGGCCGUUUGCCCAGAGCUUCGAUAUUUAUUUAACACAGAUUCUGCGUGUACUUGGUGAAAAUGCAAUUGCUGUUCGAACAAAAGCCAUGAAGUGUUUGUCUGAGGUUGUUGCUGUAGAUCCCAGUAUUCUAGCCAGGCCGGAUAUGCAGCGAGGUGUUCAUGGACGGUUAAUGGAUAACUCCACUAGUGUACGGGAAGCAGCUGUGGAGCUGCUUGGCCGAUUUGUGCUCUGUCGUCCUCAGCUUGCUGAGCAGUAUUAUGACAUGCUGAUUGAAAGAAUAUUGGAUACUGGAAUCAGUGUCAGAAAAAGAGUCAUAAAGAUACUUAGGGAUAUCUGCAUUGAACAGCCAACGUUUCCCAAAAUUACAGAGAUGUGUGUGAAAAUGAUUCGGAGAGUCAAUGAUGAAGAAGGAAUUAAGAAAUUAGUAAACGAGACAUUCCAGAAGCUGUGGUUUACUCCAACUCCACACCAUGACAAAGAAGCAAUGACUAGGAAAAUCCUGAACAUCACUGAUGUGGUGGCAGCUUGUAGGGAUACAGGGUAUGAUUGGUUUGAGCAGCUUCUUCAAAAUCUGUUGAAGUCAGAAGAGGAUGCCUCGUAUAAACCUGUGAAGAAAGCUUGUACUCAACUUGUUGACAAUUUGGUUGAGCACAUCCUUAAAUAUGAGGAGUCUUUAUCAGAUUCUGACAACAAAGGAGUGAAUUCUGGUCGCUUGGUUGCUUGUAUAACCACUCUGUUCCUAUUCAGCAAAAUCAGGCCCCAGUUAAUGGUCAAACAUGCCAUGACCAUGCAGCCAUAUCUGGCCACUAAAUGUAGUACACAGAAUGAUUUCAUGGUGAUCUGCAAUGUUGCAAAAAUCUUAGAACUUGUAGUGCCACUAAUGGAACACCCAAGUGAGACCUUCCUUGCCACUAUUGAGGAAGACCUCAUGAAACUCAUCAUCAAAUAUGGCAUGACAGUUGUUCAACAUUGUGUGAGCUGCCUUGGGUCUGUUGUGAACAAGGUCACUCAGAAUUACAAGUUUGUGUGGGCCUGUUUUAAUAGAUACUAUGGUGCACUUUCAAAGUUAAAAAGUCAACACCAAGAAGACCCCAACAGUACAAUACUUACUGCCAAUAAACCAGCACUCCUUAGAUCACUUUUCACUGUUGGAGCACUGUGUCGGCAUUUUGAUUUUGACCAUGAAGAUUUUAAGGGCAACAGUAAGGUUAACAUUAAGGAUAAAGUACUUGAACUGCUGAUGUAUUUUACAAAGCAUUCAGAUGAAGAAGUACAGACAAAAGCCAUUAUUGGCCUGGGAUUUGCAUUUAUACAACACCCAAGCUUAAUGUUUGAACAGGAAGUAAAGACUCUGUACAACAGCAUUCUUUCAGAUAAGAACUGUUCAGUAAACUUAAAAAUCCAGGUGUUAAAAAACCUCCAGACCUACUUGCAGGAGGAGGAUACACGUAUGCAGCAGGCAGACAGAGACUGGAAAAAAGUAGCAAAACAGGAAGACCUGAAAGAAAUGGGUGAUAUUUCCUCAGGGAUGAGUAGUUCCAUCAUGCAGCUGUAUCUCAAACAGGUCCUUGAGGCUUUCUUUCAUACCCAGUCCAAUGUACGCCACUUUGCUCUAAAUGUCAUUGCACUGACGUUAAACCAGGGUCUCAUCCAUCCUGUUCAGUGUGUGCCAUACUUAAUUGCUAUGGGCACAGAUCCAGAGCCCUCUAUGCGAAACAAAGCUGACCAGCAGCUGGUGGAAAUAGACAAAAAGUAUGCUGGGUUCAUUCAUAUGAAAGCAGUGGCUGGUAUGAAGAUGUCUUACCAGGUACAACAGGCAAUCAAUACCUGCCCAAAGGAUCCUGUAAGAGGUUUUAGACAUGAUGAAUCAUCCAGUGCAUUGUGUUCACACCUGUACUCUAUGAUCCGAGGGAACCGUCAACAUAGACGAGCAUUUCUAAUUUCUUUACUCAAUCUCUUUGAUGAUACUGCAAAAACAGAGGUGAAUAUGCUCUUGUACAUAGCAGACAAUCUAGCCUGUUUUCCUUAUCAAACACAGGAAGAGCCACUGUUUAUUAUGCAUCAUAUAGACAUUACACUAUCGGUUUCUGGUAGCAACCUACUACAGUCAUUUAAAGAGUCUAUGGUGAAAGACAAAAAAAAGGAAAGAAAGCCUUCAUCAGACGAGGAGACUGAGAGUGACAGUAAUAGUGGUAGUGAGAGUGAAAGUGAAGAGGAAGCUUCUAAGCCUCGGAGGUUACGAAAACGAGUGGAUUCUGAUUCAGAUUCUGAUGAAGAAAAUGAUAUAAAUGCUGUGAUGAAAUGUUUACCAGAAAACUCAGCUCCUUUAAUCGAAUUUGCAAAUGUCUCCCAAGGCAUAUUACUACUAUUGAUGCUGAAACAGCAUUUAAAGAACCUUUGUGGAUUCUCUGAUAGUAAAAUUCAGAAAUAUUCUCCAUCUGAGUCUGCAAAAGUUUAUGAUAAAGCGAUAAACAGGAAGACAGGAGUGCAUUUCCAUCCAAAACAAACUCUGGAUUUUCUGCGGAGUGAUAUGGCUAAUUCCAAGAUCACUGAAGAAGUGAAGAGGAGUAUAGUAAAACAGUACUUAGAUUUCAAGCUCCUUAUGGAACAUUUGGAUCCCGAUGAAGAAGAAGAAGAUGGAGAGGUGUCAGCUAGCACAAAUGCUCGGAACAAAGCAAUUACCUCGCUGCUUGGAGGAGGCAGCCCUAAAAACAAUGCAGCUGAGACAGAGGACGAUGAAAGUGAUGGGGAGGAUAGAGGAGGAGGCACUUCAGGGUCAUUGAGAAGGUCAAAACGAAAUUCAGACUCUACGGAGUUGGCUUCACAGAUGAAUGAAAGUGUUGAUGUCAUGGAUGUCAUCGCUAUUUGCUGUCCAAAGUACAAAGACCGACCACAAAUUGCAAGAGUAGUACAGAAAACCAGCAAUGGCUUCAGUGUUCAGUGGAUGGCAGGCUCCUACAGUGGCUCCUGGACUGAGGCUAAGCGCCGUGAUGGCCGCAAACUGGUGCCUUGGGUAGACACUAUUAAAGAGUCAGACAUUAUUUACAAAAAAAUUGCUCUAACGAGUGCUAAUAAGCUGACUAAUAAAGUUGUUCAGACUUUACGAUCGCUGUAUGCCGCCAAGGAUGGAACUUCGAGCUAAUGAUUUGUACAUGCAGCCAAAUUUACAUGAAUUGAAAUAACAGGAAAACUUGAAAUAUCAACUUUCUGGCAAAAAAAAAAUUAAAAAUCAGUUAAAUGAAGAGUAAGAAUGGAACCUGGGACACAGGAAAAAAGAAGGAAAUGUUUGGUAAACAUUUUUGUGGGAGCUUCCUUCGCUGUUGUGCAGCAGAAACUUCUCAGUUCAUUUUUACUCCCACUGUAUUAUAGUUUAACAAAAAAUUGUUUAUAUCUUGAAAAAAAACUUUCUGUUUAAAAAAAAAAUAAACAAGUGAAUGUUGGAAAUUAGUCUGUUAAUGUUCUUAAUAAAGUGUUCUUGGAGUUUAACCUAGCAGCGGAUGGCUUUCUUUAGCUUAGCCCAGUUUCCAGGGAAGCAUUGUUUUUCCAGGCUGUAAAAUGGCAGAAUCUCCUGGAUAUAUAAUUUAUUCUGUUGAAGAAAAAAGAGGGGAAAAAAAAAAAAAAAAAGCAUGCAGUAUCUAUGACCUAUCUGCAGGAGGAGUUUUUUGUAAAUGUAGAUUUUGAUGUAUUAGGUCACCCUGAAAUAAUACAAGAAAAGGGAUCCCCAGCAAAUCUGGUGGAACGAAUACUGCAAUAAAUUUUUUUACUUCUCUUUGUUACUUGUCUGUUUCCAUUUGAAUUUCUUAUUGUAAAGAUCUGUUUAAAUCCAUUUAUAUUAUUUUGCAGUCUUUUAUGUAAAAUUUACUAUAGCAGUGGUUUUCAAAACAAUACAUAAGAUAUUGUUUAUACAGUUUGUAUAGGCUGACUUCUGAAUAAUUGGUAUCUUUUUAUUUUUAUCCCUUAAAGGGUGUAAACACAAGUUAACUCCAGGGUUUGAUUGUAUUCUGCAAUAUUUAGUAUUAACUAUAUGAUUUAGCACUGUGCCAAACACAUUUUCAAGAGUACAUUUUGAUAUAAAAAGAAACUAUAGUUUA